CCCCGGCCCGCCCGGCGCUGGGGGGACAUUUAGAGCAAUUACUUGUCCAGAAAGUAACUGUCAAUCAUUCUUAAAGGGGAAGGCCUCCAAUUAAUAACCUCGUCUUAAUCCUUUGGACUCAUUUCCAAUCUGCGGGGCCUUGGUGACAUCUGCAACACUAAAUAAAGAUUCUCCCGAGCCUUAGCGCGGCGGUUCUGUGACAAAUAAGAAGACUAGAGGCAACUUUGGCUGCCAAGCUGCAAGAUUGGUGAGGUUGAGCCGCUUGUUUGGUUCCCAGGAGGGACCGGCAAAGUUAAAUACUCCUGGAAAAGCCGCGUCGGGCCCAGCAGGUGUGGAGCUGCGCAAAUGAGAAGCGGGCACCAAGAUGUUCCUCAAUAAGUGUGAGGGGGACCUGGGCGAGCUGCGGAAGCCGGGGGACAGCGAGGGGACCCCUCCAGCUGCUGCUGAGGAGGAACAGCCCAAGAAGAAGCACCGGCGGAACCGCACCACGUUCACCACCUACCAGCUGCACGAGCUGGAGCGCGCCUUCGAGAAGUCCCACUACCCCGACGUGUACAGCCGCGAGGAGCUGGCCAUGAAGGUCAACCUGCCCGAGGUCCGCGUGCAGGUCUGGUUCCAGAACCGGCGAGCCAAGUGGAGGCGGCAGGAGAAGAUGGAGGCCAGCUCCAUGAAGCUCCACGACACCCCCAUGCUGUCCUUCAACCGGCCGCCCAUGACGGCCAACGUGGGGCCCAUGAGCAACUCCCUCCCGCUCGACCCGUGGCUGACAUCGCCCAUCUCCAGCGCCACCCCGGUGCACAGCAUCCCCGGCUUCAUGGGAGCCCCCCAGGCCCUGCAGCCCCCCUAUGGCGGGCACUCCUUCCUCAACACCCCCCCGGGCAUGGCUCAGGGCAUGCAGCCCAUGGCCCCCGCGCCCUACCAGUGCGGCACCCCCUUUGUGGACAAGUACCCGCUGGAGGACGUCGACCAGAGGAGCUCCAGUAUCGCCUCGCUCCGCAUGAAAGCCAAGGAGCACAUUCAGACCAUCGACAAGACCUGGCAGCCCAUUUGAUGAACGCUCCCCACUGCUCCCUACCCCGGGGGGUGACGGCGGGGUGCUCGGCAGGACCAGAGCAGGGAGGUGCCCCCCCCGGACGCAGCACCGCGGACAGCGGCACGGGGGCACCCAGCAGCCGCCCCGGCGCGGCCGCGCAGGACCUGGGGGGGUCCCUGCACCCCUUUAUUAUUAUUAUUAUUGUCAUCAAGAAGUUCUUUUUUUUUUUUCCUUCCUUUUUUUUUUAUGCACAAACAGAAACGCUCUGUUUUCGUAGGGAACAACCGGGGGGUGUUGUCUUUUCAGCCGCGUUGGGUGCAGUGCGGGAGAUGGGUGUAUGGCUGGUAAGGAGAAGAGUGGGAUGCGCUGCUCUGCUCGGCGAUGGGGAAAUCCCCCUUAACAUCACCCACACUCCACAUCCGCACGGAGACGCCGCCGUCCCCACACAUGGGUGACCGAAUCCCGGCCCGCGUCCCGCCUGCUUGUCAGGGGGAAUCUGCUCCGCCGUCACUCCGGCCCUAAUUGCUCUCCAGCGGUGCCGGUGGCACAAAGCUGCCGUAAUUGCCGGGCGGAAGGGGGGGGGGGCUCAGCCCCAAUGGGGGCAGCGGGGUCCCGAUGGGAGCAGGGAUGGGAGGGCGGGUGGUGGGGUGCCCCGCCAUGGCGCUGGGGAUGGUGUGUGGUUGGCACUGUUGGGGCGGCGCGGGGGCGAUGGCACACGUGGGGGCUUCGGGGUUCCAAACAUGGAACGUGUUGGGGCAGAUGGGGUCGGUUGGGGCCAAACACGGGGCAGAGCUGCACCCACGGCUGCGGUGGCAUUGGGGUCUCCCGAUGACACCAUCCGGGCUGCGCGCUGACCCCGUGGGGACCCGGCUCCUCGUCCCCGUCCCCCGGCUGCUGCUGCUCGUCUGCUUCGUUAGCGAUAAUUAAACCUUUAACAACC